AUGGGUGGAGGGGGGCCAUUCUUGUGGGCGGAUCCAAACGGCGAUUGGCUGUUGGCACCGCCUGGAGUGGGUGGGCCUGCUCCUCCUCCACCUGACAUGUUGUUGUUCAUGUCACCGUUGCUGGGAGGCAGUGGGGGCGGUCGACCGCCGCCUGGGGCGGUGCCUGGGGUUACGCCGUUCAGGAGGUGGCCGGGGAGUGACACCUAA